AUGGGAAACUGUUGCCUCAAUCCAGCCGCUCAGAGUUUGUUGCCAAACCCUACAAAUGAGCCAGAGUACCAUAAGCACCAGGUCAUCCAUAUCUAUGAAAAAGAUAGGUUUGACAGAAUAAUCAGCAGCUAUAAUUAAAAUAUGACGUCGCUCGAAUUUUCUGGUCUCCGACCAAAAAUUCAUCUCUUAUAAGUUUUAAAUAUGAGGUUUACCCUGAUGAAUUUAUCCCAACUAUGUCAGGGAAGCAAGAGCUGGGUGUUUUUCCUACUGGACUCCUGACCUUAGAGAAUCGAAUUUUCCAGAUGGGCACCUGGUCCCCGAGCCUUAAAGGAAAAUGGUGCAAAAUUCGCCCCAGAGCGGUGUUGAGGGUAGCAUAGUCAAGCAACCUGACAGUGGACGUUAAACGUGCUAUAGAUAAUUAAUAUAUAUAAGAAUAAUCGGCAGCCAAGGCGUAAAAUUUGAAUUACUGGCUCCUAUACAUCAAGAAACUUUAAUUGCCAGUGCAGCAAAAAUUCCUGUGCGUGUUACAGGAUGUGUUAUUCCUGGACUGGACCCUCGUGGUGAGAUUAAUAAGGAAUGCCAAGAUAUUUAUACAUUUUUCCAAAAAGAAGAUAUAUUUUUUUGCAUGACUUUAUUGUAUUAUUUUCUUUAUUUAAUAAUUAUUUUAUAUAAUAAAAUAUAAAAUUUAUUAAAUUAAUUUCUUCUCCUUAUAUAACUGAAUACUAUUUUGGCAGUUCUAUUUGACGGCCAUGGCAAAGAAGGACAAAAAAUUGCAAAAUUCUGUAAGGAUUACAUGGUCACUUUCUUCACUGAAAAUUUUUCAAAAUUCAACGAAAAUCCUAUUGACGCUAUUGUUGAGUUAGUCCAAGAAUGCGACGAAAGUUUAAGCUCAAGCGGAAUUGCGUCAAACUUAUCCGGAGCCACUGCUGUUGUCGUUGUAAUUAGUCCUUCCGGAAUCCAUGCAGGUAGUGUAGGGGACUCUAGAGCUAUUUUAGCCACUUUACCGAGAGAAAGUGCUGUUAUUAAGCCUCAGAAUGUCCCCCAUAAGAUUUCCUCAAAAUGGUCUCAUAAAGCUCUUCCUAUGCGAAUUCUGUCACCAGUCACUAUAACAGUUGACCAAAAACCUAAUCAUGCUGAAGAGCUUAAAAGAAUCACCGCAUCUGGAGGGGUUGUAGAAAAAAUCACUGACGAUCAAGGCAACCCAGUUGGCCCUUAUAGAGUGUGGCUUAAAAAAGGAAACUACCCAGGCUUAGCCAUGUCAAGAUCUAUUGGUGACACCAUAGCUCACGAAAUCGGGGUCACGUCCACCCCUAUUUGUAAUAGUUUUGAGCUUUAUCCUGAGUGUGACCAGUUUAUAGUUUUAGCAUCAGAUGGGCUAUGAGAUGUGAUGGACAACCAAGAAGUUUCAAAUUUUGUGGAAAAAUACAGAUCAAUCACCAAGCAUUUUCCUUCUGAUGAAUACCCAGCUAAACAUACUAAUUCUACCAUUGCAAGAUUGCUGUGUGAAGAAGCAAGAUACAGAUGAUUUGGAGUUGUUGAAGAUGAAGAUGUAAUGAUAGAUGAUAUUUCAGUAAUAGUAAUAGAAUUCACCAGUGUCGAGCCGAUGGCGAUUGCCGAAAAAUCACCGAGAAAUGAGAGAAAUAUAAAGAAAUUCCAAAGCAUUUCGUUUGAAAGUGAAAUGAUUAAGCAGAAAACAAUUGUGAGGAAUGAUCCGCAUAGAGGAAGUAUUACGAAAGGAGAAGAACAUAAUGAGAUUUUGGAAGCUGCAAUAGAGGUGAUGCAUGAAGAAGAAGGCAAUGAUAUUAAAUAA